ACAGCAGCACUGCCAGGAAAAAGCUCUUCUAUCAGCGAAGGAUGGGUUUCCACGCAAUGGGGAUCGCCUACAGAGGACAGUCCCAAAUCUCAUUCUACAGCUUCACCCAAAGCUAUUACAACACCAGUUACACGGACUGUAGUAGAUGAAUCGGAGAACUUCUUCAAUGCCUUUUUGAACUCUACAGAUAUCCAAACUAUUGAACAAACUCCAGUUGUAUCUAAACCUCCAACCAAAUCGCAGAUCCCCAAAGAAGUAAAAGACACAUUAAUUAUUCAUCUUACAGAAUCCGUUGAAUUAAGUGUGCCAGAAAAAGAAAGCUCUGAAGAGAACUGUGCAAUACAACCCCAAACAGAUAAAACAGAAUUUAAGACAUCGGAUCAGCUUAAUGAUAGCCAGCUGCAACUUGCAGGUGCUGAACAUUCAGAAACUUUUGGAAGUGAGGAGUUGCAGAAUAAGGAUGAUGUAAAAUUAAUCGGGACAGAAAAUGUGAUUGGCUGUGUGACUUCUAAAGAAACAAAUCCAGGUGCAUUGAUUGCUUCCAGUACAGAAAAAGUGCAUAAAAAUUCAAUAAAAACUGAACAGUUGGUGAGCCCUCCUGACAGCCCAUCAAAAUCCCACACACACCCAGGAAAGGAUUUGGUUUUGGAGGCAAAAGAACAAAAAUCAGAGGACAGACAAAGCAACACUCCUUCCCCACCCAUUAGUACAUUUUCAUCAGGAACAUCAACAACCAGUGACAUUGAGGUAUUGGACCAUGAAAGCGUCAUUAGUGAGAGCUCAGCUAGUUCAAGACAGGAGACUGUGGAUUCAAAGAUGAUGCAGACUUCCUUUCAGCUGCUGUCAACAUCAGCCUGUACUGACUAUCAACGUUUGGAUGAGUACCAGAAACUUACAGAAAGUUGUGGCUCUUCUGAUGCCUUUGAGAGAAUUGACACUUUUAGUGUUCAGUCAUUAGACAGCCAAAGUGUGAGUGAAAUUAAUUCGGACGAUGAAAUGUCAGGUCGGGGGUGUAAUGUGACAGCUGUGUCUCUACCUCCGUCUGUCUGUAAUACUUUACCAGCGGAGCACCUGGUGAAGAAUGUUGGAGAGAACACAAGUGAGAGUCAAAAGGAAAAUACACUUGAUGAGAAUGAAAUGGAAGAGAGUGGUCGAAGUGCAACACCAGUGAAUAGCGAACAACCGGAGAUCUUGCCUGUAAUUGGUCUGACAGUAAUUGAGAACCACAAUACAGAAAGUAUAGUAACUAACAGAUUGUCGGAGGGAAAAAUUAGCGCUGAAUGUCAACCCAACGGUAAAUUUGACAAUUUUAAAUUACAAGAGAUAAUUGAUGAGUUGACAGACAAGUUGGAAAAGAGAGAAGCACAGUUGUUGUCUGUUAGCAAAGAUAAAGCAAAAUUGGAGGAGGCAAUUGAUAACCUACAAGAUGAGAUGGUUAGACUAAAGGAAGAAAGCAACAGCAUCGCUGCAAUAAAAGAUGAGUUUACUCAACGCAUUGCAGAAUCUGAAAAGAAAGUCCAGCUUGCUUGCAAGGAAAGAGAUAACAUUAAAAAGGAAUUAAAGACUAUGAAGGCAGAACUAUCCACUAGAUUUACCUGUAAUGAAACAGCAGAUCUAGUCCGAGAGAAAGAUGAGCAAAUUAGAGGACUGAUGGAGGAAGGAGAGAAACUUUCUAAACAACUCCUGAACAAUUCGAACAUAAUAAAGAAACUAAGGGUGAAAGAAAAAGAAAAUGAGACAAUGAUCGCAAAGCAGAGCAAGAAAACCAAAGAACAAGAGGAAGAAAUUAAACAUCUGCAGCAGGUGCUUGAUGGAAAAGAGGAAGUGGAGAAACAGCAUCGGGAGAACAUUAAGAAGCUCAAUGGUGUGGUAGAGAAACAGGAAAAAGAAAUUAGCAAACUGCAAAUUUCUUUAGAGGAGCUACAGGAAAACAAUCGCAGCCUUCAGUCUGCACUUGACAGUUCUUACAAGGAACUUGCUGAACUUCAUAAGGCUAAUGCCGCUAAGGAUAGCGAAGCCCAAGAGGCAGCUUUGAGUCAUGAGAUUAAAACAAAGGAGGCAUUGUCAGUGGCACUGGAACAAGCCCAGGAAGAGGCCAGGCAGCAACAGGAGGCUCUUGCAGUUCAAGUGGCAGACCUAAGAAUAGGUCUUCAACGGGCUGAACAGCAGCAAGCCAGGAAAGAGGACUACUUGCGUCAAGAAAUUGGUGAAUUACAGCAGAGACUUCAAGACGCAGAUAAUCGGAACCAGGAGUUGAGCCAAAGUGUUACAUCUGCAAGUCGACCAUUGCUGCGACAGAUUGAAAACCUACAGGCCACACUUGUGGCACAGUCAGCAUCCUGGGAAAAAUUGGAAAAGAACUUGUCUAAUCGUCUAGCUGACAGUCAAGCCCAGCUUGCAGCUGCUGUGGAAAAGGAACGGUCAGUCUCAGAAGAGCUUCUCACACUCAGGACCCAAGUUUCCUCAUUAGAUUCACAAAACAGCUUGUUGCGUCAGGAGAAGAGCAGGCUGCAAGCUCAAUUAGAGUCUGAGAGAAUCAGGCUUGAGAAGACUGAAGACGAAAGCAAUAGGCAUCAUGUGGAGUUUGACAACCUGAAGACUGAGUGCAUUAAGGCCCUUGAAGAAGCAAAGAAAGAAAAGAUUGCCUUAACUAAUCUAUUAGAAAUGGAGAAGUUGAAAGUUGAACAAGAAAGAAAGAAAGCAAUUCUUGCACAAGAUGCAUUAAAAGAGAAGGAACGGAAGUUGUUUACUAAUCCAGGGCUGGAACCAGCGUCGAGUACUCCAACACUCUCUCGAUCUAGUUCUGUCAGCGGUGCUGAGAUGGCAUCGUUGCAGGCUUCUAUAAACUCUCAGGAUGAUUUAUUUGAACAUUCAUUUGCAACAAUGACUGCAUCAACAAGUGGUAACAACUUAUAUGAAGCCCUCAGAAUGGGAGCAGGAUCAAGCAUAUUUGAAAAUAUGCAGUCUCAGCUGAAGCAAAGAGAAGGAGAAAUUGCACAAUUGCAGCUUGAAAUUUCUAACCUUGAAAAGACUCGAACUAUCAUGGCUGAAGAACUGGUCAAGUUAACAACUCAGAAUGAUGAACUACAAGAGAAGCUAAAUGAAAUUCCCAAGUUACGUGUACAGCUUAGGGAUAUUGAUCAACGGUACAAUACUAUCCUUCAGAUGUAUGGUGAAAAAGCAGAGGAAGCCGAAGAACUGCGACUGGACUUGGAAGAUGUGAAAAACAUGUACAAAACCCAGAUAGAUGAAUUGUUGAAACAGCGGUUAACCUGAUUUGCUUUAUCUCAGUAAACGUGAUAUUUCAGAUUUUUUUCCCCAGUUUCCCUGAAUGUGAAAUGCAAUACUGCUGACAAAUAUUUGGCAUAAGAUGCAAAUGUAUGAUUGUAAAUAUGAACUGUAUUCUUUAGUGCUUUUUGUUAAUCAUUUGUUGCCUUAGAAACAAAAACUGUACAGUACAAUAUAGCUCGGCUGGAAAAAAAAGUGUGAUGGUGUAAGAGAAGUACAUAAUAUGAAGGAUUCAAGUGCAAUAUUAUGAGUAAACCUGAUUUACAGCUGACUGUGCAGAUAAACAUAUAACAUUCUGAAAAAUUCAGUUUUCUGGACAGAAUUGUACUUCUGAACACAAGAUGGACCAAUUUUAUGGCAAACUCAAUUCACUGGGCUCAUAGGUUUUAAGUUUCACAAAACAUUGUCUGCUAGAGGAAAAUAUUUCAGUAAAUCAAAUAUCCAAACACUGUAUGCUACACUGGUAGAUACUUUACAGAAGUAAAUUAAAAAUAAGUUCAAACUAAAGCAUGUUGCAUUUUAUUGAACAUUCUAGUUAUUUCUAAAUUCUAAAUACAAAGAUUUUACAGUUACACAGUUUGAGUAUUUAAACAAAAUGAUGUUGAAAUGAUAAAGAUAAUGUAUUGCUGAAAAUAGGCUAAAAAGUAAAAAAUUUUCUUUUGGCCUACUUUUGCUAAUAGGUACACAUAUUAGUAUACAAUUUUAAAACUCCAUCGUGAUCUGUGUAGGACACGUGCAUAGUAACAUUAGAUCUUUCUUGGUGCUAUAUUCUGUGCAUUGAAAAAAAUUAAAAAUUCUUUAUUUAAAAUAAUUUUCUAUUACUUGAAUUCAUAAUCUGUGCUAUUAUACUUUCAAACAGUAGGUUUAAAAUGUAAGUAAUUUAAUUUGUGUAAUACUGAUGGGGUUUGGGGUAAUAAAGUCUCUUAACUGA